CAGUCAGUCACCUCAUAUAGUUAAUUUUCAUAAAAUCGAAUUGCUGAAACUAAUGUAUGAAAAUACAAUUAUUGUGAUUUUUUAGGAUAGUUCUUAGUGAUAACAGAUACCAAGAUGCCAACCGCCGCCGUUGCUAAAUCUGCUAACGGCCGUAGUAAGGGAGUAUUCAAAAAUACUGCCGGCUUCAGCACCCUUAUCACAGUUACCGUGCUAUCAUUAGCUUGGUUGUCCGGCUUUGCGUCCCGGUUAUUCGCUGUUAUACGUUUUGAAAGUAUUAUCCAUGAGUUUGAUCCAUGGUUCAACUAUCGCUCUACCGCGUAUAUGGUACAACAUGGGUUUUACAAUUUUCUGAACUGGUUCGAUGAAAGGGCAUGGUACCCUUUAGGACGCAUUGUCGGUGGUACUGUAUACCCCGGAUUGAUGAUUACUUCUGGCACAAUACAUUGGAUAUUACACACAUUAAAUAUUCCAAUUCAUAUUCGUGAUAUUUGUGUAUUUUUGGCACCUGUAUUCAGUGGGCUAACAGCUAUAGCCACAUAUCUGUUGACAUCUGAACUGUGGUCUCGUGGUGCUGGGUUAUUUGCAGCAUGUUUCAUAGCUGUUGUGCCGGGCUACAGCAGUAGAUCUGUAGCAGGAAGCUAUGACAAUGAGGGUAUUGCAAUAUUUGCUCUGCAGUUCACAUAUUACUUGUGGCUGAAGAGUGUCAAAAGUGGUUCUAUAUUCUGGUCCAUUUGUACUGCACUAUCAUAUUUCUACAUGGUAUCAGCAUGGGGUGGGUAUGUGUUCAUUAUCAACUUAAUACCACUUCACGUCUUUGUGCUGUUGAUAAUGGGACGUUUCUCACAGCGAUUGUUUGUCAGCUACAAUGUCUUUUAUAUUGUUGGUUUAUUGCUCUCCAUGCAAAUACCUUUUGUCGGCUUCCAACCAAUUCGUACCAGUGAACAUAUGGCUGCAUCUGGUGUUUUUGCAUUAUUAAUGGCUGUCGGUGCUCUGAAGUACCUACAUAGUUUGAACCCUAAGGGUCAAUGGAAGCAGCUGCUCAUAGUGGGUGGAUUGAUCGCUGCUGCUUUGGUCUUCAUUGUAGUCGUGCUAUUAACAUAUAUGGGGGUUAUUGCUCCUUGGAGUGGACGUUUCUAUUCCUUGUGGGACACUGCAUACGCUAAAAUCCAUAUUCCGAUCAUAGCGUCCGUGUCGGAACAUCAACCAACAACAUGGUCGUCGUUCUUUUUUGAUCUCCAUGUCCUCGUAUGCACAUUCCCCGUCGGUUUGUGGUAUUGCAUCAAAAAUAUCAACGACGAACGGGUUUUCGUCGCUCUCUACGCAAUAAGCGCUGUAUACUUUGCCGGCGUGAUGGUUCGUUUGAUGCUCACACUGACGCCAGUUGUCUGCGUCCUGUCUGGAAUUGCAUUCUCCAUCUUGUUUGACUUGGCGCUCCGAGAGGAUGAUAUACCCCCACCGCCAGUAGAAGCCGAGGAACCUAAGAAUUUGUAUGACAAGGCCAGUAAAUUUAAGAAGCGUACAUACGAUCCGGCUGCUCCAGUCGACAUUGGUCUUGGUAUGAACGUGCGUUCGGGGACUUUGAUAGCUUUCAUGAUCUUGCUGAUGCUGUUCUCCGUCCAUUCCACUUGGGCCACUUCAAAUGCAUACUCCAGUCCUAGUAUUGUACUUGCAAGUUACGGUAAUGACGGAUCUCGUAGAAUUUUGGACGACUUUAGAGAAGCAUAUGGUUGGUUAUCUCAGAACACAGCAGAGGAUGCCAGAAUUAUGUCCUGGUGGGAUUACGGAUAUCAGAUCGCCGGCAUGGGCAACAGAACAACGCUAGUGGACAACAAUACGUGGAAUAAUUCUCACAUAGCUCUCGUUGGUAAAGCAAUGGCAAGCAACGAAAGUGCCGCAUACCAGAUUAUGACGGCGCUGGACGUUGAUUACGUGCUAGUGAUAUUUGGAGGCGCAAUAGGCUAUUCGGGAGACGAUAUAAAUAAGUUUAUAUGGAUGGUCAGGAUCGCGGAGGGUGAGCACCCCAAGGAUAUACAUGAAGCUGAUUAUUUCACAGAGAGGGGUGAAUACAGAGUAGAUUCAGAAGCAUCUAAAACAAUGUUAAAUUGUCUAAUGUAUAAGCUAUCAUAUUAUAGGUAUGACAGUGGCGGAAGUCCGCCGGGGUACGAUCGCACCCGCGGCGCGCUGCCUGGCAACCGAGGGUUCAAGCUUACCUACCUCGAGGAGGCCUAUACAACCGAGCACUGGCUCGUUAGGAUAUACAGGGUUAAAAAACCUGAUGAGUUCAAUCGUCCACGUUUGCCACUAUCAAAGAGAAAAAUCUCCACUACUAAUAUGAUCACGAAAAAGCUGGCACAGGGAGCUGGAACAAUGGUAUAGUAACAUUGUGCUGUGGUUAGACACACGUCGAAGAGAAGAAAAGGCCUAUUAAAGAACAAGCCGAAUGUGGUGAAAGGAAAGAAGGUUGGGCGACUACAGUGACCGUCUCGUCGAUACACCGUAUAAUAUUUGUCUAUGAGUGGUAAUAUUGCAUUGCAACUAAUACCAUGAGAAUACUGGACUGUAAGUAAUUUUGAUGUUUUGAAAAAGUAUAUAAUAAAUAUGUGUUCAGUCAUGUUCGAAAUAAUAGUUAUAUUGGAGGCUCUGCCAUCGUUUUUUUUAGUAAUCGUCUCGUCGACUGAAUUAGUCGUCACACAAUUGGGUUUUAGAAGUCACUCUUGUUCUCAAUUUUAAGUGUUUGAACUGUAUAGUAUUUGUAUAUAUAUUUCACUCACUUUCAACUAAAAUAAUCGAAAGUUAGUUCGAGAAUCUAUGGAGUUAAUAAUAAUAAAACCUACAAUAUUCACAAGUCUGUAUAUGCAAGAAAUAUAGCAGCCUAAAAUAAUUGUGUGAUUUAUGAAACGAGAACAAGUUUGUUUAAACACUGCACUUUUACCACUCGUAGAAAAUAAUAAAUGACUGACACCAAUUCUGUAUUUAGUCCAUUAGAUAAAUGGUUUAUUAUUACGUAGGUGGUUUAGUUCAAAUUGGUUUGCACUGCGUGCAUGACAUGAGUAAAAUACAGCUGGUGUGUUCCCACAAUGAGAUUGCCACCGAUAUUUCUAACGUUGACGUAUCGAGAAAACAGGGAAUUUAAUAAUCAAUUCAUGUCAUAUAUAAUAAUUGCUAAUAAGAGUAUGUGAAGUUGAAUGAUACUUAAAUAAGAGUUUUUCCAAAAGUAAUAUGUAAAUAAUUUAAUGAGUAUCGGUGGUAAUUUUGUAAGACGUGAUACAAUAGUCAAAUUAUUGUCAUGCAAUAAAAUAAAAUAAUAUUAAGACAAUAUUUUGAAUAUAAUUGUCAUAUUGUAUAUUUACUUAUUUAAAACUUAGUCCCGAUUAUAUAUAGUAAAGUUUCACCUCUUAUGUAAUUAAUCCAGCCUAAUGUUUGUAUAGAAACAUCAGAUAAAUAAAUUUUAUAAAGAUCUGUAUUAUUCAAUGGACAAAUUCUCACGCCACACUAAUAAAAUAAUUGUGCCGCGUCUCAUGUUAUGUCGUUCCAAAACAGUGUUUGAUGAGUGUAAAUUUAUAAUUGCUACGUCCAUUUAUAUAAUAAAUAGCAUUUACUGAAUAUUUUUAACAUUGUUUGUUAUAUGUAUUAGUAUCGGUUUUUUUUUACAUAUACAUUUUGUUAAAACGUCCUCAAACUAAAUUCGUGUUAGGUUUCGUUUACAGAUAUAUGAAGUCUCAGUAGAGAAGUUGCAUACUGUAGGGCCAUAUGAAUACUGUAUAUGUACGUUAUACAGCUAGUUACGUGGUAUCGGUCUCACUUUCAAAGUUAUAUCAUAUUUUUUUGGUGUACGUAGCAGGAGCUAAGCACGUAUAUAUUUAUUUAACUAAUUGUUUUCCCUUAAACUCGCAGAAUGCACUAGAAGCGUCACUAUUUACGCUCACAUACUUUUCAAAUUCAGAAAUUCUGUAAACGAGACGUUUGAUUACACAGCUCAAUUUUUGACAAUGCAUAAUAAACAACUUUGUUAUGGUCACUGACCUGUAGGACUGAUUGAGGUAUGGUCGGAAUGUAAAUAAUCUCAUCAUAAACUAGU